UCACUCGUUCCAGUGAUCUCAGUACAAGCCGGGGCCAAUGUGACAGUGGCGUGCACUCUCCCUGAUGAUACGUUUAGCAUUCAAAAAGUCCACUGGUCAAAGCAGAGUGCAGGGGCCACUCUCAAAUCAAUUGUGACGCUGUGGAAAAAUGUAAAUCCUGUAUAUGGAGCCGGGUUUUCUGCCUCAAAAGUGAAGGCAGCAUUCAAUGAGAGGAAUAGCACUCUGACCAUUUUGAGGACAAGUACAGAAGAUGAGGGAAUGUAUCACUGUGCCGUCAUUGAAUAUACUGCUGUUACCUGGAGUGGGACUUAUUUGUCUCUGAAAGGAAAUACCCAGAGAACCACAAACUACACAGUUGUGCAGCAUUCAGAAGAAAUGGAUCCAAUAGGUUCGGGAAACUCAAAGACCCUGCAGUGUUCAGUCGUCUCUGACUCUCAGAACCAGACGUGUUCAGAAGAUCUGAGUGUGUUCUGGUUCAGAGCUGCAUCAGAUGAAUCUCAUCCACACAUCAUCUACUCUGAUGGAAACAGAGCUAAUAAAUGUAACCAGAAAGCUGACGCUCAGAGGAGAUGUGUGCAUCACUUCUCCAAGAACAUCAGCUCCUCUGAAGUUGGGACUUACUACUGUGCAGUGGCCAAAUGUGGAGAGAUAUUAUUUGGAGAUGGAACCAAAGCGGACCCUGAGAAAAUACAUUUUAAAUGGCUGGCGACCAUAUCAGUGUGCUUUUGCAUUUCUGUGAUGACAAACAUUUUCUUCAUUUGUUACAAAACACCAAAAGCUGCAUGUGUAAAAUCUGAAGACACGUUGGCUCCAGUGACCACAGUUCAUCUUGGUCUUCCUGUGACACUGACAUGUCCUGUGGAUGAGGAAAUUAAAACCAGCACGGAAAUGUACUGGUACAAGCAGAGCAUAGGGGAAAGUCUGAAAUUAAUUGCAAAGCUGUAUAAAAAGGGAAAACCUACUUAUAGUUCAGGAGAAGCUUCUGCCUCGAGACUAAACAUGGUCUUUAAUGGGAAAUCCAUCAGUCUGACUAUUUACAGGACUGUUCCAGAAGAUGAAGGAAUGUAUCACUGUGCUAUCAUUGACUGGUUGAAAAAUACUUGGAGUGGAACCUAUUUGUUUUUAAAAGGAAAUCAUCUAAGGAUGUCAAACUACACUGUUGUCCAGUCGCCAGCCGUAUUCGAUUCAGACCAUCCGGGAGACUCAAAGACUCUUCAGUGUUCAGUCCUCUCUGGCUCUGAGAACCAGACGUGUUCAGAUUUCAGUGUGUUUUGGGUCAGAGCUGCAUCAAAUAAACUGGAUCCACACAUCAUUUACUCUAAUGGAAACAGAGCUGAUAAAUGUAACCAGAAAGCUGACACUCAGAGGAGAUGUGUGCAUCACUUCUCUAAGAGCAUCAGCUCCUCUGAAGUCGGGACUUACUACUGUGCUGUGGCCACAUGUGGAGAGAUAUUAUUUGGAAAUGGAACCAAAGUUGAAACUGUGGAAUCGGAGUUUACUGCCCUGAUGGUUGCGUUAAUCUGUCUGGGCUUUUCUGUGACUGUAAACAUUGCUUUGAUUAGUUGCUGCACAAAAGCAGCAUGUGGAAAAGGACCAAAAAACAACUCUUCACAAAAAAGAGAUGACAACAGAAGCAAACCUAGAGAUGAAACUACUGAAGGUGAACAGGACCUGAACUACGCUGCAUUACCUUUCUCUGAGGGGAAAGCUAGGAAAACAAAGAGGAACAAAAUUGUCAACAGUGAAGAAAAUAGCUUGGUUUCAGAGAUCACAGUUCCACUCGGUGAACCCGCAACCCUGACUUGUGCUUUGCCUAAAAGAUGGUUAGACGUCAAAAGUAUUUACUGGUACAAGCAGAGUAGCGGUGAUAAUCUGAGACUCAUUUCGGUGAUUUGGAAAAAUACAAACUCCACAUACGGACCAGGAUUUUCAGCCAAAAAACUGAAGACAAGAUGCCGUGAGAAAUUUUGCAAUCUGACCAUUUUCAAGACGGUUCAUGAUGAUGAGGGGAUGUACCACUGUGCAGUCAUUGACUGGAUUGAGAAUAUAUGGAGUGGGAUCUAUUUGUCACUAAAAGGAAACAAUCAGAGGACCAAAAACUACACGGUUGUCCGGCAGUCAGCGGUUUCAGAUCCAGCUGGUUCAGGAGACUCACAUAACCUGCAGUGUUCAGCCGUCUCUCACUCUGAGAACCAGACGUGUUCAGAUCUCAGUGUGUUCUGGUUUAAAGAUGUAUCACAAAACUCUCAGCCAGACAUUAUCUACUCUGACGGAAACAGACGUAAUGGAUGUCAAAAGAGAAGUGGUACUCAGAAGAGAUGUGUGCAUCACUUCUCUAAGAGCAUCAGCUCCUCUGAAGUUGGGACUUACAACUGUGCUGUGGCCACAUGUGGAGAGAUAUUAUUCGGAGAUGGACCCAAAUUGGAACCUGAUCAGCAGCCGAGCUCGAAAUUCACUUUGCUGAUGGUCGUGAUAACGUGCUUGACCAUUUCUGUGAUCGUAAACGUUGUUUUUGUCUUUUAUGGAUUGCUAAGAGCAGCAUGUGAUCAAACCAAA